GUUCUCGUUCUUGUGGCGUUCCUACGUGCCAUCCUGGGCACCCGAGUUUGCAGGCGUGGCGCACGGUGUGAGCUCCGGAAUCCGCAGGCGUGGCGCACGGCGCGUCGCACGGUGGGAGCUGCGCAAUCCGCAGCCGCGUCGCACGGUGGGAGCUACGGAAUUCGCAACUGUGUCGCAAGGCGUGUCGCGCAGUGGGAUCUCAGGAAACAGUAGGGUCGCGCAACAUGUGGGUUCCGGAAUCCGCAUGCCAACCCCCCGCG